GGUCGCUGUAGAGGUAUCUAGAAAACAUCUCUUGAGAUGAAAAAGUGGUGUGUCUGCAUUUUAUGGAGUGUAUUUACACUAAACGUCGCAAAUUCUUCAACGGAUAUGUAUGAGUCCUCGACUGUCUUGAGUCCAGAUGCCGUCAAGUCCAGGAGAAAGAUUUUCAAACUGGGCACAUCAAAAAACACUUGUUUUAUGAUGAACCUGACAUCUGAAGAUAACAGAUCAGCCCUGAUAUCAGCCAAAAGAGUUUGUGCUGAGUCGCCUCAGCACAUCCCAGAGGUUAAACCAAAAAGCAAGUUUACCCCUACGUCGCCUCUUCAAAUCCAACGAGACUUGCAUCCCACACGACCCGACCUGAGGAGUAAGGAGGGCUUUACUUAUUUGCCGGACGUUUCUGUCUCUUGCUCUACAUCAGAAUUGGUUUUGCGGGUCAGACGGUCUUUCUAUGGGUUUGGUGCUGACGCAAAGGAACUGACAUUGGGAGACGCUUGCAAAAGCAACGGUGUUCUCAGACCACGUAACGACAUGCUAUUUACCUAUCAUUUGACAGACUGCGAUGGCAAAUGGGAGGAGGCUUCCGACUCUUUCAGCUACAAAUUCGUGCUUCACUAUGUCCCUUCGCCCAUCCGCUUCAGAGCGCGUAGUGUAAAUCUGAAUGUCGUUUGUCGGUUUCCAAGGUAUCAUCACGUUUAUCGGCUCGCGGUGCGCCCUACCUGGAGUACACGCAUUAUGCAUAAAACACUAAAGUGGCGCUCUAUUGAUUUCCAAAUUCAGUUGAUGGAUGAUUCAUGGACCACACCAGCCCAGUCUCAAGUGUACCUGCUUGGGCAGACUGUGAACUUCCAGGUCACUGCUCUUCACCUACCCCAUGGAAGCCUAAAGCUCUUCAUUAGAAAUUGCUAUGCAACCACAACCAGUGGCACCUCUGCUACGUACACCAUCAUUGACAACUUUGGGUGUAUGCAGGAGAGCCAGAGGAACCUGGGCAGGGCUCGCUUUGUGUCGCCCCGGACUGACGGCUCCCUCCGCUUCUCCCUCAGUGCCUUUCAGUUCACCUCUGACCCCCACGUCCAGGUCACUAUGCACUGUAACGUGUUCCUCACGUCAGAAGAACCCGGCCCAUUGCACAAAUCCUGCUCCUACACAGAGCAUGGGUGGAGAGCCCUCACAGGGGAACACACCAUAUGCGAUUGCUGCAACACCACAUGUUCAAGAUUAAGAAGUGCCUUGCUUGAAGGCUCAGUAACAAGCAGCCCUUUGCAGAUCUCAGACCAGUCAUACCUCACCCUAACCCCAGCAGAGCAGUCAUACCUCACCCUAACCCCAGCAGAGCAGUCAUUUACCCCAGGAGACACCCCUCCGGCAGAGCGGAGGGGGUUGAAGAGUGGGGGACCAGAGUUGGGACAGCAGAAGGACCAUGAGGAGAGAGGUUCAGAUUUAAGUGACGUCUUUGUACUAGAGGAGGAGGAGAGGGGGGUUUCUCAGUCUAUAAAGGAAAGGGAUCAGCGGUAGGAGAGGAAAGACCACUAGUCUCACUGCGGGCAUGAAGAAGAGUGUAAGGCAGAUGGAAGAGAUUGGUCCGUGAGCAGAGAAGACCACCAGAAUAUUCCGAUCUCUGAUGAUGAUGAGAUCCUGGGUGCCGAUGGUGGACUCUGACUCUUAUGGCUAUAGUGGGUGGAAGAGACAGGGUCUGGCAUUUGAAGUGGCAGUAGCAUCAGUGUGUUUGUGAAACAUGAACCAACACUAAACAUAUUCUUACCACUAACCAUCCCAUUUAAAAUAAAGUAUGGAAAUGUACUUUUGUAGUCUUUAGUUUAUUUAGAAUGCAUCAGCGCCUCCUGUCCUCAGGUGUUUAUCCAGAAUCUCAUGUGAACAAGCCAGCUUGCUAUAAGGAACAAUACAUGCUGCUGUUAUAGCAGGAAACAUAUGACAUAAAAAUCUACCGUGACAAGUCUAAGAAUUUUCUUGUUGGUUAUUCAGAAAUAUGACUCAGACUUGAAACAGGAUAUUCUCUUUCCUGAUGAAAUAUGACCCUGUGUCAAAGCACACCACCUCUACCAGCACCAUCAAACUGGAUCAGGGCUCUGGGCCAAACAGGGAAGAGGGGGAGAUUGAGUCACCAGGUGCUAGCAGGUGCUAGUCCGUCAUCCCUCACAUGGGUUAUGUGGAAGAAAUAAAAUAGUUGACAAAUUAAAGAGUAUGUGUGUUCUUGAAUGGUGGCAACUUGUUUUGAAUAAAUACUGAACAAUAUAACAAGCUCUAAGCCACUGGCCUAAAAAUGAAAACAAGAAAAAAAAAAAAAUACACAUUGAAAUAAUAUUUAUAGUUUCAGAACUUGACAGUGAAAUACUU